CAAACCAGGACCCACUCCCACACCCACCUUUUCUCCCUUAAAAUAUCCAAAAGCUUUGCCGUCUUCCAUGCCUCCCUCCUUCACUCUAAACAACGCAACAGCAUCCCAAUACAACCACACUCCACUCUCCUCUAACCCAAACCAUGUUUCUGGUAUUCUUGCUCCUAUUUUUGAAUCCUCUGCCCUAUGCCUUUGCUCUAAACCAGGAAGGUCUGUACCUGUUGCAGGUCAGGCAAAGCCUUUCCGACCCAACCAACGCCCUCUCCUCCUGGAACCGCCGAGACGACACCCCUUGCAAUUGGCAAGGUAUUUCUUGCCACUCCCCCACUUCCCGUGUUCAGUCUGUCGACCUUUCUGAUUUCCAGCUCGUUGGGCCUUUCCCGCUUUUCCUCUGCCGUCUCCCUUAUCUUCGCUCCAUCUCUCUCGCCAAUAAUUCCAUCAACUCUUCCCUACCCCUUGAUAUUUCCACCUGUCAAAAUCUAACCACCCUCGAUCUCUCCCAGAAUCUCCUUGUUGGCUCUCUCCCUCUCUCCCUCCCCAAUAUUCCCACCCUCGAAAAUCUAAUCCUCUACGGGAACAACUUCUCUGGCGAAAUUCCCGCGACUUUCGGACAAUUCCAACGGCUCCGGUGUCUCAACUUGGCGGGAAAUCUCCUCGACGCCACCAUUCCUGCUAUUUUGGGUAAUAUUUCCACUCUAAAAGAACUGGAUCUCGCUUAUAACCCUUUUUCUCCGUCUCAUAUACCGAGCGAACUAGGUAACUUAACGAACCUUGAGCAGCUUUUUCUUGCCGACUGUAACCUCGUCGGCCAAAUUCCGUCGAGUUUCGGUCGGUUGGUUAGCCUCCGAAACCUUGAUUUUUCCCUUAACCAGCUCUCUGGAUCCAUCCCUAGUUCAAUUUCCCAGUUGAAAAGCAUUGAGCAAAUUGAGUUAUAUAACAACUCUCUAUCAGGCGAGUUGCCGUUAAAUAUGGGGAAUUUAACUACGUUGAAGCGAUUCGACGCGGCUAUGAACGAGUUAACUGGGACAAUUCCAACCGGUUUAUGCGGGUUACAGCUUGAGUCAUUAAAUGUUUAUAAUAACCGGCUAGAAGGGACUUUACCAGAGAGCAUAACUGUGUCGAAAAAGUUGCAAGAGCUGAAACUGUUCAACAACAAACUCAGUGGACCAUUGCCGAGUCAACUUGGUGUAAACUCGCCACUACAAAGUUUGGAUGUCUCUUAUAAUCAGUUUUCUGGCACAAUUCCAGAGAAUUUGUGCGCAAAGGGGCAGUUAGGGGAUAUUAUUCUGAUUUUCAAUUCAUUUUCGGGCGAAAUUCCGGAAAGUCUAGGAAAAUGCCAGAGCUUGGGCCGGGUUCGGUUCAAGCACAACCGUUUCUCGGGUCGGGUUCCAGACGGGUUCUGGGGCCUACCCAGAGUAUUUUUGCUCGAGCUUGCUGAAAAUUCCUUUAGUGGGGAAAUUUCAAAGUCGAUUUCAAGUGCUCAUAAUCUCUCUAUUCUGUCAAUUUCCAACAACCGUUUUUCCGGGUCGUUACCUGAUGAAAUCGGGUCCUUGGAGACACUGGUAGAGAUGUCUGCUAGUGGAAACGAGUUCACCGGUCACAUUCCUCUAUCUUUGGUAAAACUGAAGCAGUUGGUCAGGCUUGAUCUCAGUGAAAAUGAGAUUGAUGGAAGAAUCCCCGAAGAAAUUAAGGAAUGUAUGAGUUUGAAUGAGUUAAAUUUGGCUAACAAUAGGCUAUCCGGUAGUAUUCCUGGUGAUAUUGGUAGCUUGCCUGUACUUAAUUAUCUUGAUCUUUCAAGUAACUCAUUUUCCGGGAAAGUCCCAAUUGAGUUGCAGAAUUUAAAGCUGAACGUGUUUAAUUUGUCGAAUAAUCAGCUUUCAGGAGAGCUCCCUCCCUUUUAUGCCAAGGAAAAUUACAAGAAUAGCUUCUUGGGUAAUCCUGGAUUAUGUGGUGACUUGGAAGGUCUUUGUCCGAAGAUAAGUCGAUCUAAGAACCAAACCAAUAUGUGGAUUCUUAGAUCCAUUUUUGUACUGGCUGGCUUGGUUUUUGUUGUAGGGGUUGUUUGGUUCUUCAUGAAGUACCGGAGUUUCAAAAAGAACAAGAAAAGAGCUACUGUAACGAAGUGGAGAUCAUUUCAUAAGAUCGGUUUUAGUGAAUACGAGAUUGCAGAUUGCCUCAAGGAAGAGAAUGUGAUAGGAAGUGGAGGUUCUGGCAAAGUUUACAAAGUUGUGCUGAGCAAUGGUGAUGCGGUAGCUGUGAAGAAACUCAGUGGAGUUAAGAAAGAAGAUUCUUUGAGUGCGGCCGAUAUGGAGAGAGAUGAGUUUGAAACUGAAGUUGAAAUGCUGGGAAAAAUUAGACACAAGAAUAUAGUGAGACUGUGGUGUUGUUGCAUUACAGGAGAUGACAAACUUUUAGUUUAUGAGUAUAUGCCGAAUGGGAGCUUGGGGGAUUUGUUGCAUAGCAGCAAGGGGGGCUUGUUAGAUUGGCCCACUAGGUAUAAGAUUGCUUUAGAUGCAGCUGAGGGAUUAUCCUAUUUGCAUCAUGAUUGUGUUCCUCCAAUUGUUCAUCGGGAUGUGAAAUCAAACAAUAUAUUGUUAGACCAUGAAUUUGGUGCCAGAGUUGCGGAUUUUGGAGUUGCUAAGAUUGUUAAAGGAGUCGGGAAAGGUGCUGAAUCAAUGUCUGUGAUUGCAGGCUCGUGUGGUUACAUUGCACCAGAGUAUGCAUAUACCCUAAGAGUGAAUGAGAAGAGUGAUAUCUACAGCUUUGGAGUUGUCAUCUUAGAGUUGGUUACUGGUAAAACCCCUACCGAUCCGGAGUUUGGGGAGAAAGACAUGGUGAAAUGGGUCUGUGCUACCUACAACCAAAAGGGAGUGGAUCAGGUAAUUGACCCGAGACUGGACUCUACGUACAAGGAAGAAAUUUGCAGGGUACUCGAUAUUGGUAUCCUUUGCACUGAUGCUCUUCCCAUUAACCGCCUGUCAAUGCGGAAGGUGGUCAAAUUGUUGCAAGAAGCUGGUGGGGAGAACAAACUCAAGGCCAAUCAGGAUGGAAACCUCUCACCGUAUUACUGCUACUACGAGGAAGCCUCUGAUCAAGCUAGUCUAGUCUAGUUUAGUGUAGCUUUAAGCAGUUCAAAUCUUCAAGUGAAUCACGCUAAAUUUAAACUUUCAAUUUCGUCAAGCUGGUGGGGUUUCAUGGGGUAGUGGGAAUGGUGCAGUAACAAGAGAGGUGCCCGCUUUGACAAGUGUACCAAGUAGUUAGGCCUACCUUAGAGCAGCCUUGUGUAGGACAAUUGUACAAAUAGUGUGAAAAUUUUGAAAAUGAUCCAAAAGGAGCAAAGCAUGAGUAAGAGUGGCUUUCAUUUUGAAUCAUACCUCUUCCCCUUGUUUUAAUAUGCUUGGCAGCCAUGAUUUCAAGGACAGCUCUGCUGGUUGAGUGAAAGGAUAGGUUAGCUGUAAGCAAAUAGAAGAUAGCAGUGUGGUCAAACCGCAGUUGCCGCCCUUCAUAAGUGAAUUGGGCCCUUUGUUAUUCUCCUUCAUGGCUGUGGUUGUCACAAGAAAAUGAUAGGAUGCCUUUUAAAAUUUUGACAGUACACGUUUCUAAUGAAGGAUGGACCCAACCAAGGCUUGUAUCUGUGUCUUGGACUGCUUGGGGUUUGCCAAAAAGUCUACUGAUGGUGAGAGCGACAUUGCAUGGACGUUUGGUCAUUGUAGGUCUGCCUCAUUUAUUAACUUUAUAAAUCAAUAAAGUAGCUCAUUCCAUUCCAACCAUGGGUGUGGUGGUCAAUAUUUUCAUAUAAACAAAGACUUGCUCAUACUUUUCUA